ACGACGAUAACAACAAAGGCGGAGCGAUUUUAUUUUCCUGCAGAAAACCCAAAUAUUUGUCGACAAAAUGCCAUAAAAGCAUAACAUAACCAGAUUUAAAAACAUUACAACGACUGGAGACAUUACACUAAACGGUUAUUCGUAGCCAGCACUUCUAGAAUUUGAAGCGAGGACGACUGCACCGUAGGCGAACAAGGGGACGAGGCAGAUAUGGGUGACCCAUCAUGGAAACAGCAUUUACGUAGCUUUGACUAUCCGAUAGUUUGGCAAGAUACUUACAGAGAUCCUCCAUUCUACUACUGCAACAACGAUGAGAAGCAUGUCCUACAAUUCAGUGAUGGGUCACUGUUUGCACGAUGCAUGUGCCUGGACACGGACAAGGUCUUGUGCUCCAUCACAGAAAUGAUUCAGCUUGGAGCAGACGUCAAUGGUGUGGUCGAUGGAUGGAGCCCUCUUGACGUUGCAUACUAUUUCAUGCACCCAAAGACCAUGAGACUCCUAAUAGAGCAUGGAGCCAAUGUUAUGCAUUUAGCAUCACCUCAUCAUUUGGGUGUAGCUGUCGGAUGCAUUUCAGAGGUAAAGAGUUAUUUCCAGCAUCAGUUAGAUGCAGCGGUGGGCAUUGAACGUUCAACAAGCCAGGCCAGUAACUUGAAUACGAGUGAGAAAUCGGUAAACACAGACUGUUCUAUGGAUAUGCGUAAAGCGUGUUGUGAUCAUGAUAGGGGUAGUGUCUCUCCUGAAGAUGCUGCUACCAUGGCUAUGCCCUCAAGACCGGACACUUUAAGUUUAGAUGGCCAGGAUAGAGGUCUUCCUUCCAGGAUUCAUCGGCUUCCUCAUAGCCAAAGUGAUGCGGAGUCAUCUGUGAUAGCAGCUAGGUUAGUGUCUCCGCAGCCUGGCACCUGCAGCCCAGCCGAACCAGUCGGCAUUUCUGUCAGUAACAAAGAUGCUGAAUUUCGCCAAGCCUUUGUUGCUCAAUCUAUAAAAAAACUUAUGGAGAAGAUUGAGUAUUUCGAAAGUGACUCUCGAGAUUGCCAUGGCAACAGUAUGCUUCAUAUGGCUUGUCUUCGGGGGCAAGUUGAGUUGAUACAGCUCCUGAUCGCCUGUGGUGCCAAGAUGGAGUGUCGUAACAUGGUGAAUAACACACCAUUCAUUGCCGCUUGUUUAAGUAUGAAUGCCAAGACUGUCGAACUGAUUGUUAACUUGGGUUGCAAAGUGCGGGAACGCUAUAACAUCAAGGAGCACGGGGAAUUCGGAAGCUGUGCUGUCUUUCUUGCAGCAGUGCGAUCUGGUGAUAGGAACAGAGAAGUGGUCGAACUGUUGAUACGUUACGGUGUGAACACAGAUAUACGUGAUCACAGGGGAAAGACUCCGUUGCAUAUUGCCUGUGAAUUUGGAUUCAACAGGAUCGCGAAAACCCUGGUCGAACAUGGGUGUGAUUUGAACGCGAUUGAGGAAAUCAUGAAACGAUCCCCAUUACAUUUUGCUUGCAUUAGUCACCAUGCAAAAAUUGUUGAGCAACUUCUCCAUGCCGGUGCGUAUCUUGAUGUCAAGGACCGUUGUGGGGAGACACCGGCCAUGGCCGUGCUAGAAAACAUGGACAAAUUUGGACGCGUUGAUCCAUUUGCUUUGUUCGUUGUUGGCGACAAGUAUACUGUUCGUAAUCUUGUCCUCAGCAUCAAACCAGUCAUUGACCACGGAUGCCAGCUGCAUUAUCUUUUCAAGGAGCAUGUACUUAUUCGAAUCUAUAAACGUUCAAGAGCUUUGUUGGCGUACGUCCUCAGCACCGGUUGCGGUGUUCAGAACGUACCCUGUAAAGUUGGUAGGAAACUCCUCAAGGAGAUUCUGCGUGCUGGUGAUGGUGAUACCAUUCAUGCUUUGCGUCAGUGUGGUUAUAAAUAUGACCGUCAGCUUGUGAAUCGUACUUCGGUGAACGACUCUCAGCACCAGCCACUUUCUCUGCUCAGCAUCAGCCGCUUAUCCAUCAGACAAGCUCUAGGUACAAAACAACAGAGUACCAGAAAGUUGACUUAUUUGAAAUCCCUACUUGGGAAACUAGCGAGGUUGACAGAGAGUCAUAUUGGGAAUGGCCUGCUCCGUGCAGAAGUGGACUCAUUGCCCUUGCCGUCUACACUUAAGAACUUCAUAAUGUUCGAUGAGUUAGUGGAAGAAAUAUGUUGUAAAAAUGAACUAUAUGUUGAUUUACCCGAGGGUAGUUUGUUGGAGUUUGAGCGAAACAUUCACCGUGAGCAUCGAGAACGCUGUCGCAAUGCUCUGGCUUUGUCAGAGGACGUCAAGCUGCCGACAUCAGUUGAUAAUGAGGAUGAGUUUGAUGUUGGGAUCCUUUUGAGAAUCAAGGAAAUCCGAAAAGCCGGGUUCUAAAUGAGACAGUACAAUUUUGAAAUCAUUAUGAGUAUUUGACUCUGUUCGAAGACAUGAAAAAAGAGUGGUUUUUGAAUUCCCAGUCAGUGUUCACCGAUAAACAUUUCAAUUCAGUUGAGUGUCUUUGCAGUCUAGUGUGUCAUUAGGGAUAGCGCGCCCGUUUGCAUUUUCGCCACUUGGGAAUGCUGCACAUGAGUGGCGAAUGUAAAACAAUGUCUGGCUAAAAAUUUUGCGAAUUCAAUUUGAAUUACCAUGAUUUGGCGAGAGAGUAACAGUGUUGUGCAAAAAUUGAUCAAAGUCUAUCAGAAAGAUCCACUUCCACACCAAAUGCACCAAGGAACGAUCGUUAGUCAGUCAAACUUUAUCAAAUUUGCGGGCGGCCGCGCUAUCACACGUGGUUGCUAUCGUCUGCAUUGUAGUUCUACACGUUGCCGCUAGUGAUUUUGGUGUCGCUGCUGGUCGCCCUGCGCAUACAUUAUCGGCUAGUUUCCCGCUGGCUUCGUUGCCAUGGAGUCUCCGGUCACGGGUUCCUCAAAUCGUUCGUUGAUUUGCUAGUCUCAGUAGUGGCGGGCUGCCAUUCUCGCACAUGUUACUGGGGUCGGCCCCAAGAUGGACGAACGAUCGGCAAAAGUAUAGUAUUCAUGUUCUAUGGUUGAUUAUAAAACUACUGUUAUGCAAGUGUGUGUUAGAUUCUAUGGAGAUUAGUCAUAUUCUGUUAAGGCAAAAUAGGCUUCAGUGGCUGGUCCAGAUACAAUCUGCAUUUGUUUUUAAACAAGUUUCAUUGCAAUACUACUUCACUUGCUCAUUUUCAGAAAAAAUUACUUCAAGAUUUGUAGUUUAUUGAAAUGCAUAAGUAAUUUAGUUGUUUCCAUCGUAUCCAAGUAUGGCAGACAAGCAGUUCUACACGUUGACAAUACCACUCAUGGAUGACUCUUCAGAAGAGGAUUCAUAGAAGGUAGCUAAUAUGUUCUAACUGGUCAAAUGCGAAUUCACUGUUGAAUUCAAGUAAAAAAUAAUUGCUUUUGUAAGCACCACCUUAUGUAUGUUACAUCAGAAUCACUAGGUAGAAGUGCAUUUAAACUGUUAUAUCUUCUGAUUGUAGAGUCUAAUCACAUCUGUGCUGCUUUCACAGUUAAAUCACUCGUAUGUUUUGUUAAAGGAUUUCUUAUACAUGUUAUACAAUACAGUUUCUUUUACUUAUUUGCCUAAUUUGAAAAAUCAUCAUCUAAUUACUUGCUUGAUGUAAGAAAAGAAUGCUUUAAA